GCUCCAAUUUAAAGCUAAGUAGGAAAUGUGCUCAUCAUUUGUGGUCUAUCAACGUCACCAGUAUAAAAACAAAUGUUGCAAAUGGGCUUGAGCAAGGUGGUUUUCAACCUUAAUCUGAUCUGACAUUCUUUAAGUCACUUGGCUGAUCAAGCAACUGGGGUACAUUUCAUCCAUAUUGAUCAGAAGAAAGUGAAGUGGAUAAAGAGGUAUUGGAGGUGAAGGCCCAGGAACAAUGAAUCAAUAUCUAACAUACUCCUUGGUGGAAUCUGUAAUCUUGGUUUUGUUAGUUAGUCACAUCAAGGUUAAUUGUGUACCAAUUGUUACAACUGAAGAAUACAUCAGUGAUCCCCUUGACUUCCUAACGACCGAGGAAGAAUAUGUUACUGAGGGUCCCGAACUCCUCAUGAUGCAGAGCAAAUAUAACACUGAGGGGCCUGAUCAUCCAACAACUGUCCAUGAUGAUGUUACUACUGAGGAAGAAUAUGUUACUGAGGGUCCCGAACUCCUCAUGAUGCAGAGCAAAUAUAACACUGAGGGGCCUGAUCAUCCAACAACUGUCCAUGAUGAUGUUACUACUGAGGAAGAAUAUGUUACUGAGGGUCCCGAACUCCUCAUGAUGCAGAGCAAAUAUAACACUGAGGGGCCUGAUCAUCCAACAACUGUCUAUAAUGAUGUUACUACUGAGGAAGAAUAUGUUACUGAGGGUCCUGAACUCCUCAUGAUGCAGAGCAAAUAUAACACUGAGGGGCCUGAUCAUCCAACAACUGUCUAUAAUGAUGUUACUACUGACGAUGACUAUGUUAGGGAUGGUCCCGAACAACUCAUAACGCAGGGCAAACACCUUACUGAGGAUCCAAAUUCUGUUGUAACAACCACCAAAAAAAUCACUAUCACCACAAUUCCUGUUUGGACAAAUACCAAAGCCAGCAAUGGCACACCUUCAAGUCAAGGAUCAAAUGGCGAAAACAUUCUCACUAUCUUAAUUGUUAUAGGUAUAUUGAUAGUCCUCUGCACCAUAUUGCUUGUAUCAACGAUUUCUUUGGCCUAUCGGGUUUGCAUUCUCAUGUCCGCCCUGAAAAAGCAGACAAAAAGAAAUGAUGAUUUCUGGUCCAGUGGUCCAAGCCAACUGCCAGCUGAUGCAGCAACUGUAAAACUGGAGCAUGUCAAACCUGUGGAGGAAAAGAAUGAGGGCAUGGCAUCAAAAGAUGAAGAAGCUACCAAACCAUUACUAUAAUCGAGGGGAAAACUUCAUGCCUAGCUGACUGAAGAGGCAAUUAAUCAGUCUGAGCUUUGUGGACUAUAAUCCCUGAACUGCCAUUUUUGUCCCCUUUGGACAUACUGCUACCAAGUGCACAGUACAGCACGAUUCAAAUAAUAGAAUUGUUAAUGAGGUAAUUCAAGGUACUUAUAUUUGUAGCUGCUGGUGAAAAGGGAAGUUUAAAUAAGGUGGAACCUACAGUCACCCGGUGAAAAAUAUGCUAAGAUUUGUUUUGUAAUAUCAGCAUGUUUAUUGAAUCAACUCCCCUGUUUCAAUCCUCCUCUCAUUUGCCUCAAGAUUCGCAAACAAGCUUGGUGAGGGCUUUCAGCAGUUCAGUGACAAUUUCUCACUUUAUCACAGCGUUUAAUGCAUUACCAUAUGUCAUUUAGUGACAAAAACUUAAUUAGUCCCAACUUGGACAGAAUUAGGAAUAUGUAAUUUAGAAAUUGGAGAUAAAGCAUCAUUGAUGGAAAUUAAUGCAGAUCAGUAGUUUAAAAAGUCUUUUCUAGUCAAAUAUGAACCACUGAUUGGCUGGGAACUCACUGAACUACCAGCUUUCCAAUUCAUGCAAUAAAUGGACGAUAAGAACAAAUUAAUACAAUAUUUUGCUUCAUUGCAUUCCUCAAUGGAAUGGGUUACUGAAGACUGCAGAAGGUAUACAGUUACAAGAAUGAUACCAUGUAGCAGACGGCUUAAGAAAGGGUUAUAACCUAUUGAGGUUUUAAUUAUGCAAUCAGAAUGGCUGAAAAGUAAAUUGGAAGGAGUCGAAGGGAAGAAAGUUGAAACCAACUCAUCAUCUUUACAAAUGGUUCCAUAAAUAACAGGUCUCAAUGGCUUUUUGUCUCUUUGGUGACCCAAUUUAGCUUUUCAUAUUAUCAGAGUAAAAGUUAUAAUUGCUUCAGGCAAGUAAUGCAUUACAUUAUAAGCUUCACUUAGAAGUGUCAGUUUGAAAUAUACCCAAAGAGCUAAAGAAGGUUGGAAUUUAAAGGUGCCAGUGAAUUAAUUCCAAAGCAACUUAUUGAUUUCUGCUUACCUGAACAAAAAUCAACUUGAAGCUCUCUGAGCAGGUGUACAUUCAAAUUGUGACCGAGAAGGGAAGACUGCAUGGGAUUGUUUUAGAAUUUCAGAGCCCAGUGGCUAUCCCUUUUUUUAAAAUUUAGACUUUGUGACAAGAUUGUCAACUUAUUUUACAAAUAGUCUGUGUAUAAGCAUGUUGCGAAUGAAACUUAUUGAACAAAACAAAAUAAAGUUGCAAACUCAA